CUUCUUCCACCCACCCGUUUUAUUCAUGUCUUCUCCUCCCGGCUGCUGGUGCUAAUUAGAAGGUUUAGGGUUAAAGAUUUUGUUUGGUAGCGUUACAGUGGUUAUGAUAAUGGAAGCAGCGACUGCUCUCGGAGUAUGUGGUGCACAACCAAAUUCGAUUGUUCGGUUGCCUAUUCCGACUUCGAAUGGUUCCACUUUCGUCCGCUUCGGUGUCAAAUCUCGAGUCUUAACUGUUCGAAUUAAGAAUGCAAGUAAACAAUAUAUGCCUGAGCUAAACGCUCAGUUGGUUCGAGGGACUUUGUCGGAACAAUAUAACCGCAUCUUUUGCUCUCAUUACCAGCACAGAAAAUGGAUUGAUAUCAGUAGAUGUAGAACAGGAGUCUUGGUUGACAAAUCUACAUUUCAUUUUUCGAAGCAUAAACCUGACGAUGUCAUUGUGAAGCAAGCUCAUGUGUUACGUGCAACUGUGGGUCCGGAUGAGCCACAUGCAGCAAGUACAACCUGGCCAGAUGGUGUUUUAGAGAAGCAGGGUUUGGAUUUAUUAGAUUUUCAAAUAAAAAGAACAGAGUUAGAGGGGUUUCUAAGUUCCGAACUUCCCUCUCACCCGCAGUUGUAUAGAGGGCAGUUACAAAAUGGACUCCGAUACCUCAUUCUACCCAAUAAAGUGCCACCAAACAGGUUUGAAGCGCACAUGGAAGUUCAUGUGGGAUCAAUCGAUGAGGAAGAAGAUGAGCAAGGAAUUUCACAUAUGAUUGAACAUGUUGCAUUUCUUGGAAGUAAGAAGCGUGAGAAGCUCCUUGGGACAGGGGCAAGAUCAAAUGCUUACACAGAUUUCCAUCAUACUGUAUUUCACAUCCAUUCACCGACUAGCGCAAAGGACUCUGAUGGUGAUUUGCUUCCAAUGGUUUUGGAUGCUUUGAAUGAGAUAGCUUUUCACCCAAAAUUCCUUGCUUCUCGGGUUGAGAAAGAGAGAAGGGCCAUAUUAUCAGAACUACAAAUGAUGAAUACCAUGGAGUACCGUGUUGAUUGCCAGCUGUUACAACAUCUGCAUUCUGAGAACAAGCUGAGUAAAAGAUUCCCAAUUGGCUUAGAAGAGCAGAUUAAAAAGUGGGAUGCCGAUAAAAUCAGGAAAUUCCACGAGCGUUGGUACUUUCCAGCAAAUGCCACCUUAUAUAUAGUGGGGGAUAUUGAUAACAUUUCUAAAGCUGUAUACCAUAUUGAAGCUGUCUUUGGGCAGGUUGGCAUGGAAAAUGGGACAGCUGAAGCACCUACACCGUCUGCAUUUGGUGCUAUGACCAGUUUCCUAGUUCCUAAAAUCACAUUAGGGUUGGCUGGUAGUUUAUCUCAUGACAAGUCAUCCGUUUCCAUGGAACAAUCCAGGAUUUUUAAGAAAGAAAGACAUGCUGUUCGUCCUCCUGUCACGCAUAAUUGGUCACUUCCUGGGAGCAAUGGGGAUGCAAAGUCUCCACAGAUAUUUCAGCAUGAGUUGCUUCAGAAUUUCUCAAUUAAUUUGUUCUGCAAGAUUCCUGUCAACAAAGUCCAAACCUAUGGCGAUUUGCGGGAUGUUCUGAUGAAGAGGAUAUUUCUUUCUGCUUUGCAUUUCCGGAUUAAUACAAGAUACAAGAGUUCAAAUCCUCCAUUCACCUCAGUUGAAUUGGAUCAUAGUGAUUCUGGAAGGGAAGGUUGCACUGUGACCACUCUUACAGUAACUGCUGAACCCAAGAACUGGCAAAGUGCAAUUAAAGUAGCUGUUCACGAGGUUCGAAGACUUAAAGAAUUUGGUGUCACCAAAAGUGAAUUAGCUCGUUAUAUGGAUGCAUUACUGAAAGAUAGUGAACAGUUGGCGGCCAUGAUUGAUAACAUAUCUUCAGUGGAUAAUUUGGAUUUCAUCAUGGAAAGUGAUGCACUUGGCCAUACCGUAAUGGAUCAGAGACAAGGACACGAGAGUUUGGUUGCUGUUGCUGAAACAGUUUCUCUUGAAGAAGUCAAUUCUACUGGUUCCAAGGUGUUGGAAUACAUCUCUGAUUUUGGAAAACCAUCUGCACCCCUACCUGCAGCGAUUGUUGCAUGUGUUCCAAAGAAAGUCCAUGUUGAUGGACAGGAUGAAACCGAGUUCGAGAUUACGCCAGAUGAGAUUACGGCUGCUAUUAAAGCCGGUUUGGAGGAACCCAUAGAGGCUGAGGCAGAGCUUGAGGUGCCAAAAGAAUUGAUAUCCGCAAUACAACUGCAGGAGUUAAGGUUGCAGCGGAGGCCAUCCUUUAUUCCUGUAAGCCAGGAAGUAAAUGUGACCAAAGUCUAUGACAAAGAAACAGGGAUUAUUCAGCGGCAUCUUUCAAAUGGAAUUCCUGUAAAUUACAAGAUCUCAAGAAAUGAGGCCCAGGGUGGUGUCAUGAGGCUCAUUGUUGGUGGUGGACGAGCAGCUGAAAAUUCAGAGUCAAAGGGAGCCGUUGUUGUAGGUGUUCGGACUCUAAGUGAGGGUGGUCGAGUUGGCAACUUUUCUAGGGAACAGGUAGAACUGUUCUGUGUGAAGCACCUUAUAAAUUGCUCAUUGGAGUCCACAGAAGAAUUUAUUUGUAUGGAGUUCCGUUUUACGUUAAGAGACAAUGGGAUGCGUGCUGCUUUCCAGUUACUUCAUAUGGUACUCGAGCAUAGUGUCUGGCUUGAUGAUGCAUUUCACAGAGCAAGACAGCUGUAUUUGUCAUAUUACCGAUCUAUUCCAAAAAGCUUAGAACGCUCAACUGCCCACAAGCUCAUGCUAGGAAUGCUGAAUGGGGAUGAGCGGUUUGUGGAGCCCACACCACAUUCAUUACAAAAUUUAACAUUGCAAUGUGUAAAAGAUGCAGUGAUGAAUCAGUUUGUCAGUGAUAACAUGGAGGUGAGUAUUGUUGGGGACUUCUCAGAGGAGGAUAUUGAAUCUUGUAUUAUUGACUACCUGGGAACAGUUACAGCAACAAGAGGUUUUGAGAGAGCCCAAAAAUAUAGCCCGAUCAUAUUUCAACCAUCUUCCUCGGAUUUGCAGUCUCAACAAGUAUUAUUGAAGGACACUGAUGAGAGAGCAUGUGCAUAUAUUGCUGGGCCUGCCCCAAACCGCUGGGGAUUUACUGUCAAGGGGGAAGAUCUUCUUGAGUCGAUAAAUAGUAUCUCAGCUGAUGAUGAUGAACAAUUUCAAUCUGAGGAACAGCCAGUCAAGAUGGACCAUGUUGCAAAAGAUCUGGGCGGAAGGUAUCGCAGUCAUCCGCUUUUCUUUGCCAUCACAAUGGGACUAUUGGCUGAGAUCAUAAAUUCACGGCUUUUCACUACGGUUAGGGAUUCUCGGGGGUUGACAUAUGAUGUAUCGUUCGAAUUAAACCUGUUUGAUAGGUUGAACCUUGGGUGGUAUGUGAUCUCAGUAACAUCAACUCCGGGCAAGGUGCAUGAGGCUGUUGAUGCUUGCAAGAAUGUCCUUAGAGGCUUGCAUGGAAACAAGAUUGCUCCAAGAGAGUUGGACCGGGCAAAACGGACCCUGCUGAUGAGACACGAAGCUGAAACCAAGUCUAAUGCUUACUGGCUUGGAUUGUUGGCUCACUUGCAAGCGGCUUCUGUUCCAAGAAAGGACAUAUCAUGCAUUAAAGAUCUCACUAUGCUAUACGAAGCUGCCACUAUCAGCGACAUAUACGUUGCAUAUGACCAGCUUAAGAUUGAUGAAAAUUCCUUGUACUCUUGCAUUGGAAUUGCUGGGGCUCAGGCUGGAGAAGAAAUUUCAGAUCCUUUAGAAGGGGAAGAAUCAGUUGACGGUCUUUAUGGUGCACUUCCUGUGGGGCGUGGUUCAUCCACUAUGACACGACCGACAACAUAACAUAACCUUACUGCACAACAUUCUCAGUCUUGUGCUGCAAAAAUAGAUCAAGCAUUAUGAGGUAGACACUUGCAAAGUCGCUGAUGCAAAAAUUGUUCCCAAUGGCUUGCUGUGAAGGGCUCAUGGCAACCUUGUUAAACUAUAACAGAGCAAGGUCAUUCGGAGUCAGUAAGAGCCCCCUUCCAUUAACUAUUGGUGUCCAAGGAGUUAAUUUUCUUAUGAUAGGUUUACUAUUAUUGGUUGAAAAGCCAAAUUUGUUGUGUUGCAUAGGUACAUUAAGGCUAAAAUUAUUGGUAUACCGACUACUGUAUACAUUUACCAUCAGCAUUUUAUUUUCUUUUUAUACAUGUUUGUUUUGCUGAUAGAAAUGCCUAUUUUUUGUAUGAUGUUUACCCAUGGAGGUAUGUUAUUACCGAGAUAAUUGUAAUUAAUUGCUUUACACUAGUUAGUGCAGUUUGAUUAUUUUGUGUCAUUCUUGAUACAUAC